CUCGUCUGCUGCAGCAGAAUAUCAUCAUCAUCUUGUUCAACCGAACUCAUUUCAUUUCUUGGGAUACAGUUACAUAUAUUAAUCAAUGAAGAUCUUGGACUGGGUUCAUCGGAGGUUUUCUUGCAAAGUGACAGUUGGUGCAGCAGAUGGGGUGUCGGAAAAGGGUAUCGUUGGUGGUGGCAGUGCUCAUUAUUCUGUGACGACCAACGGCAAUAAUAAUAAAAGUGGUAUCCUUAAAAAUAUUAAGGAUGGCGAUGAUGAUAUAAUAAUGUCGUCAUUGCAUUUACAUUUGCUAGUGAAUGAGACUAGUGGAGGAUCUACAUCUACUUGUUGUACUAAACAAGAUCAAGAUCACGAUCAAGAUGAAGAUCAACCAUCAGAGAGUGGUUUCAUCCACAUGACCAUUAGAGGAGGAUCAUCAUGCCCCCCAUAUGUGAUGAUUGAGAAAAGACCCAGAACCACACUUGCACACUUGUUCAAUCGGAAUGACAAUGACAAUGACAAUGACAAUGAGGAACACACUCUCACCCACACCCACACCACUAUAAUUAAGAAACCUAAAAUCAUCCAACACAAAUCAGCAGCAGCAGCAGCAAAUAAUAUAAUAAACUGCAGCAAACCCAAUUAUAAUAAUAAGCAUGCAAAUGACCCUAACUGCCCGGUUCUGAAGCUGAAGCUGCAGCGCUUGAUGCAGAGACUAAUGUGGGGAAUCAGAAAGAUCCAUCCUGCAGACACCACCGCGAUGAGUGACAGUACUGACAGCAGUAGUUUUGUGAGCAAGGACGACAGCAGCAGCAGAUGUAUUUCUACUACUAGUGCAAUGCCAAUCUAAUCUGCAUAGAUCGAAAGAACCAACCUUUAAUCACUCGUCGCUCUCACCCUUUUCUUUAAUUGCUUUGCUGCAGAUGCCUUCAUAUGAUAUGAUCCAUCAUAAUCUGUCAUUACCCACCAACCAUUCACUACAUUCCUCCAAUCCAGCAGCCUGUUUUCUCUCUCUCUCUCUCUAUAUAUAUAUAUACAUAUCUUAUGUGUGUAUGCAGUUAAACAUGCAUGUAUUUUGUUUGCGAUGCAUCGAUCAAUCGACCAGCUUCUUUAUUAAUUAAUUUGUUAUAUAUAAUUGUUAUGAAGUGAUGACGA